AUUAUGACAUUAAUGUCACACUAACAAUCAUGAGGAAGGAAAUUUGAAAUGGUGAAUGAGGAUAAUAAAAAUAUUAUUAAGACAGGACAUUCUGUUGUCAACUUUCUUAAUCAUACAUCAGGAAGCUUUUUCUAAAAAGAAAUUGACUAGAAGAAAAUGAAAGUGUUGAUUAUUUUAACUGUUUUUAUAACUGGUCUCAUCAUAACUGUAAACUGUGCUACGUAUAAAAAUGUCAUAUUUAUGCAUGGUAUUUUUGCGGGACCAUCAGAAGAUAUUGAAUUGAUAGCAUGGAUUCAAAAGGCACAUCCAGGAACUAAUGUAACAGCUAUAAAUAUGUUUGAUAAUUAUAAGAGUUUAACUCCAAUAUGGGAUCAAGUUCACAAGAUUAUGCCUGAUGUACAGAAAGUUAUGAACUCCAGCCCACAGGGAACUAUUUUAAUAUGUUUUUCACAAGGUGGUUUGGUUUGUAGAGGUUUGUUAUCAGUACUCAAUCAUAAUGUAGAGAAUUUUAUAGCACUGAGUUCACCUUUAAUGGGACAAUAUGGAGACACCCGAUAUUUAAAGUAUUUUUUUCCAAAUUAUGUCAAGUCUGAGAUAUAUAAAUAUUUUUAUAGUACAGGAGGACAGAAAUGGUCUGUAGCUAAUUAUUGGAAUGAUCCUCAUCAUCAACAGUUGUAUUUAAAAUAUUCAAACUUUCUGGCUAUCCUCAAUAAUCAAACUUUUAAUCCUAAAAGUCAAGAAUAUAAACAGAAUUUCCUGAAACUGAAAAAUCUUGUUAUGAUUGGUGGACCAGAUGAUGAAGUUAUCACCCCUUGGCAGUCAAGUCACAUGGAUUUUUAUAAUGCCAAUGAAACAGUUGUGAAUAUGAGACAGCAACCAUGGUACAUCAACGACUGGUUUGGAUUGAAAACACUUGAUAACAGAAAGGCCAUCCAUAUUUUUACCGAGCCUGGAGUACAGCAUAUCCAUUGGUAUAGAACUAAAGCUGUGUUUGAUAAAUAUAUUCUGCCAUUCCUCACUUAAUGCUCAGGCUGUGUUUUUAUACUAAGAGUAUUCUGAGGAAAAACAAUCAUAUUAUAUUUUUUCAUACAGGUACAUGUAGAUUUUGAAGUUAAACUUGCACUAUAACCCGGGUAUCAUUUAAUCUUGUGUAUCUAGCACUAAUUUCUUUUACAUUCAUUUAAUAUCAAAUCAUCAUUUGCUUGAUAAAGAUGAGAGUAUCAUCGUCGUGGAAACGUUGCAUGUUAAUAAACCAGUGAUUGUUAUUCCAUAAAAUAGUAUUAGUGUGUUACUCUUCAAUUACCUAAAUGCCACUUAAAGAAGAUCAAAUCUUUGUUUAGAAAUUCCUAAAAAUCAUUUAAAAUCCUCUAAUUUGUACUUGUGUCCAAUUUAAAGCUGAUCAUUCAAUUUCGAUAAUGAGUGUCAAAUUUACAAGCGUUUCUCGUCUCGAUCACUGUUAAAAAAUAAAUAAUCCAAUAUAUUAUUGAUGUAUAAUGAUUAAUUUUUGAACAGUGGUCAGAAAAUUAAAUUAGUGGUAAAUACACAAGAUUAGGUAACAGUGUUCGUUGAACAGAAAUCAAAAUAUUGGAACAUUUUAUUUUUCUUUAUUAAACAGUGUUGCCACGAAAAUGAUAAAAUCAAUUUAGCUGAAAAGGUCAAAAAUUCGUCAGAUGAAUUGAAAAGAAAAAAUUUAUCUAGCAAAUAUAAUAUUUGAAAAAUUUGAGCAAGAAAUGUGUUGCCCUUACAGUAAAUCAAAUAACUUUGAUGAAAAAUUCUUAAGAAAUAAUAACUUGAUAUUUUUAGCUUCAAAUUUGGAAUUUAUGGCUGGAAAUCUUAUUAACGAAAUGAAAUGAAAUGAAAUGAAAUGGGGUUUAACGUCCUACUGUUCUGCAACUAAACUGGGCUAAUGAAGACGGGCAUACGCCAUAAAGUGUGGUAUGAGGGAAAUUUUGCCCGGGCAGCGGCGCUACGGCCUACUCUUAUAUCGAAUUCCAAGUACCAAGGGAUCUUUUACGUGCACGCCAAUAUGUACACGGGACCUCGGUUUUUCGUCCCAUCCGAACGACUAGACAGCUGUCCUUGUCGGGCCCUCCGUCCUGCAUCACUGACAAGGGGAAACCACGCUGGAAAAUCUGGAUGAACUUUCAUGGCCAAUGCAGGGAUCGAACACCCGACCUCCAGGCUAGCGAGCCAGCGUCUUACCCACUUAGCCACGUGAUCCCCAAAUCUUAUUAACAGACUGGCUGGAUUAGAAGGGAGGUUUGCUGACGGAGUUGCAGCUAGGAGAUCCCAAUAUUAAAGGGGUCCCCAAAUUAGUUCUAAAAUAAUGUUUCCUCCCACUGCUAAAGACCCCUACACGCAAGCUAAUUAUUGAAAAUAAAAUUGAACCAUAUGUUAGUCCCGAAAUGACCUAGUUUAUGUUGAGUGGACAUUAAACCCCAUUUCUCUCUCUCUGGUUUGAUUGAUAGACUGAAGAUCAUAAAAAAAGAAGCACAUAAUAUCGUUCAUGAAUUGUCAUAUUACUAUUACUCAGCUGGGUGUAUAAUAAUUAAUCACUGUUGUGCCUUUUUGCCAUCUUUAUAUAAUAUAUAAUACAAAUAUACGCAAGACAUGCAUAACCUGAAUUGUGCCGGAAAAUUUCUGUGACCUACGCCUUAUUUCCAGGCUUGGUGAUGUGAAUAUAAUUAUUUUGAUAAAUGUAUGAUAUUGCUUGCUUGUCUAAAUGUAGAAUCUCAUUUUUCUACCCGGUGCUUUUAAAUUAUCUUGCCAUUUAUAGUGACGUGCCACAAUAAUAAUCAGCAGCAUAUCACUGUAACCUGGCUAUCAUUUAAUCUUGUGUAUUUAGCACUAAUUUCUUUCACA